AUGUCAACGUCGCAGAACGCAUCCUGGAGUCUGAUUCAUAUCCUCCUCAUACUCAUAUUCGCUAUUCUUCACUUGCCGUUCUGGGCCGUAUAUUAUCUGCACCCGCAGCUUCGUCAAAACCAUGAGUGGUCCUAUCGCCAGGCACUUGCGAACACCCUCAUCAAGAUCUACCUUCGCACAGUCAGUGCCAUCCAGAUGAAGUCUCCUUUAUCACUGGAGCCGCUUAGAGAGGGAGGUCGGUUCGUGGUCAUGCACCCUGCCAAGCGCGGCCUUUACAAGGGUGUCGCUGUCGACAAGGAGAUCGCACCCGAAUCAAUAGGCGGGACGUGGUAUCCGACACCAUACCCCCCAUCCAACAGUCAUUUUGGCCGUUCUUCCCCCUCCGAAGGCCGAAUGAUCGUUCUUCACUUCCACGGCGGGGGAUACAUCAUAGGUGACGGCCGCUCAUCCUCGUGCGCCUUCCUCGCAUCCACUCUCCUCUCCAACACGCCGUCCAGCCACGUCUUCUGUCCCCAAUACCGCCUAUCAUGCAACCCAGGCGGCCGCUUCCCGGCCCCGCUUCAGGACGCCAUAACCGCAUACUCCUACCUCAUCCACACACUGCGCAUCCCCGCCUCCCGCAUCGUCCUCAGCGGCGACAGCGCAGGCGCCCACCUCGCCCUAGCCCUCCUGCGCUACGUCGCCGAGCUAGACGACCCGUCUCUCCUCCCCGCCCCCAAAUGCGCCUGGCUCUUCUCGCCGUGGUGCAAUCUCCCCGCUGCGACGAACGAGCGCGUAUGGGCCAGUAACCCCAACUACCGCACGGAUUACAUCCCCGCCUCCCUAGCCUCAUGGGCAGCGCGACUGUUUCUGCGGGAUGUCGAGCUCAGCCCGUCCACGGAGCGCUACGUAGCGCCUGUCCGGCACCCGUUUGUCCUGCCGUGUCCUGUCCUUGUGGUUACUGGCGGGUGUGAAGUGCUCUUCGCGGAGAACGAGAAGCUCGUGCGGAAGUUUCGCAAGGUUGCGCAGAAUGGGUUCCGCGUGGAGUUCUUUAUUGAGGCGCAGGCGCCGCAUGACGUUCUCCUGAUGGGAGGGGUGCAGGGUUUCCGGGAAGAGGCGAAACGGUGUGCGAUGAAGGCUGGGGAUUUCGCGGCGCGGUUGCGGUCGAGGCCGACGGAUCAGUUGAAUGGGGAGAUAUGGGUAUAG